AUGCCAGAUGUUCUCCCACCCAGUGAGCAUUGGGAGGUCAAGCAUAUGCGGGAUGAGCAUCACUUGGACUCCUAUGAUGACGAGUUCUUCUUUAGAACGCACGAUCUUGAUUCUACUGGCUAUUGGACGCCCCAAGACAUUGCAGCUUUGUAUGGCAUCACGGGUGGGUUUGAGCAGAUGGAACCCAUUGCAGGCGGCGAGGGUAAAGUUGCAGAGGUGACGGACGAUGUCAUGCAGCAACUCGAUACAGACCGUAAUGGCAAGAUUCAGUUGGACGAGUGGUUGGCAUUCAAGAAACGCGGUGGUCAGCUCAAGUCGUAUGGCUUUGCUGGACAUCACGAAGAUUUUGAGCUUGCUUACGACCUGCACCAUGUGGAAAAGUAUCAUGCCGAUGAUCCAGAGGGCAGUGAAGCGACGUGGUCGCACCCUGAGGAUAUCGAGCAUUUCAAAAAGCACGAUGAGAUCUUUCAUGGACACGCCAAUGAGGAUCCACUCGCCAAUAUCCCUUUGAAGUUCCGAAAGAAGGGCUUGUGA